AUGAAGGCCAAGCAGGAGCGAAGCUGGCAGCGGUCCCACCCGGCAGAUGACGCGCUGGCGACCCUGGAGGUGAAGCAGGAGCCUUUGAGCCCCGAACCUGUCUCGCGCUGCCUACCCGACGCCCCAGCCUGUGCUAGUUCGAGUCGGUCCCCAGGCAAAAGGAAACACAAGUCCUCAGGGAGAAGAAGCGAGUCUCCACCGGCCAAGAGAAGCCGGAGCUCCCACUACUCCGCGGUCAGAGUGAAGCAGGAACGUGAGGACCAUCCACCGAGAGGUCCAGAGCAUCUGCAGCACCGGCAGUCAUCAGAACGGCUGCAGAGGGGAGCGGGGAACCGAGAGCGAGACCAGCACCAGGGUCGUUCCCGCCAAAGGAGCAGCUGGGAUGAGAGGCCGGUCCGUGGGCAGGGUCGGCAUGGAGACAGCCAGAAGCUGCAGGCCCAGGACGAAGAGAGGGACUUUCAUAAUGCCAGGCGCCGCCAGGAGCAUCGCCAGCAGAAGGAAGGUGAGGCUCACGAGGUGAUCCCUCGCCCUGCUGCUAACAGAAGCGAAGAGGUGCCUGUUAAAGAAAAACGAAGCCUUGAACUUUCCGGGACACUACUUGAGGACGCCAAUACCUUCCGGGGUGUGGUCAUUAAGUACAGCGAACCCCCAGAAGCCCGGAUCCCCAAAAAACGGUGGCGUCUCUACCCCUUUAAAAAUGACAACAUGCUUCCGGUCAUGUUCAUCCACCGGCAGAGUGCUUACCUUCUGGGUCGAGAUCGCCUCAUCGCCGACAUUCCCAUCGACCAUCCCUCUUGCUCAAAGCAGCAUGCAGUCUUCCAGUACCGGCUUGUGGAGCACACGCGUGCUGACGGCACAGUUGGUCGGACCGUGAAGCCCUACAUCAUUGACCUCGGCUCCAGCAACGGAACCUUCUUGAAUAGCAAGCGAAUCGAGCCACAGAGAUACUACGAGCUGAAGGAAAAGGAUGUCCUUAAAUUUGGGUUCAGCAGCAGGGACUAUGUCUUGCUCCAUGAGUCUUCAGACACCUCUGAAGCAGACAGGGAGGAGGAGGAGGAGGAGGAGGAGGAGGAGGAGGAGGAGGAGGAAAUGGUGUCUCACGGUUAG